AUGCGCGGGCCCGGGCGCCCCCUCCUCCUGGGGCUGCUGCUCAUGCUGGGCGCGGCAGGGCCGGGUCGGGGAGUCGCGGAGCCCCGGGAGGCGGCGGACAGACAGACGCUGCUGCGGCUCAUCUUGGAGAUCAUCCAGGAGCUGAAGAAGUACCACUCAGGGGAGUCCAAGCGGCUGCAGCCCCCGGGGCCGCAGGACGCGGCUCUGGGCCGCAGGGAGGCCGCGGACUACGGGCUGGACCCCGAGGAGCAGAGGGCGGAAAUUGUUCCUCGAGAUCUAAGGAUGAAGGACAAGUUUUUAAAGCAUCUCACAGGUCCUCUGUACUUCAGCGCAAAGUGCAGCAAACACUUCCACAGACUUUACCACAACACCAGGGACUGCACCGUCCCGGCAUACUAUAAGAGGUGCGCCAGGCUGCUGACCCGGUUGGCUGUGAGUCCCAUGUGCAUGGAGGGGUGAGCGAGCGGACUGCAGAGGAACCACGAGAAGUGCCUUGUGAGCCCACAGGGAGCAGAACCGCCACCUUCAUGAGUGCGCCCGUGGACAAGGGUCGUUUCUGCGGACUUCCGUCAGUGCUGGGGGUGUGUCGCCGAGUUCGCAGACACGUGUCCGACCGUGCACCGGCCGCCCUCUGCUCUCGGGAACAAAGGUCCUGCGUCUGCCGCGCGGCUGUGCAGGGGGCACUCCUUCCCUGACUGGGUGAGGUCCGAGCAUUUCUUUAGAAACGAGAUCUGAAACUAUAUUUUCAUAUGCAUAGGGUAUGAUUUAAUAUUUUUAUUACUUUUACAAUUAAAC